AUGUUUCAGUGUACUAGGCAUAUGUUUUUUGCUAUCCCAAGGGAAGCAACUGCACCAGAACCGUCAUACACUUCAGGUGGUGAAGAUUUUCUUCAAUGUCUAAAUGUCAAUCAUGUUGCCAAGACACCAACAAUUCCAAUCUAUACCCAAAACAAUGUAUCUUACAAAAACAUCCUUCGAUCUUCUGGAAGAAACUUCAGAUUCUUAUCCACUACAAAACCGAAGUUUAUAGUCACACCAACCCAUGAAUCCCAUGUUCAAGCAUCUGUUAUUUGCUGCAAGAAAUAUGGUUUAGACCUUAAAGUUCGAAACGGUGGCCAUGAUGCAGAAGGGAUGUCUUAUGUAUCCGAUGCUCUAUCAUUCGCCAUCGUUGACUUGACUCAUUUUCGAAAUGUGGCUGUCGAUGUUAAUGGUAGUACUGCAUGGAUUCAAGCUGGAGCUACCCUUGGUGAAGUUUAUUAUAAUAUCGCCAAGAAAAGUAAGACCCAUGGAUUUCCAGCUGGGUUUUCUCCCACAGUAGGCGUUGGUGGGCAUAUUAGUGGAGGUGGAUUAGGUGCCUUGGUGCGAAAAUAUGGCCUUGCAGCUGAUCGAGUCAUUGAUGCCUACAUCGUGGAUGUUAAUGGGAAAAUUCUUAACAAGAAAACUAUGAGUGAAGGCUUAUUUUGGGCAAUUAGAGGAGGUGGAGCAGCUAGUUUCGGGGUCCUUCUCUCAUGGAAAGUUAAGUUGGUUCGCGUACCAGCUACUGUAACUGUUGCUAUGGUCCAGAAAACACUAGAACAAGGUGCAACAGACAUCGUUCAUAAAUGGCAAUUCAUUGCUGACAGGCUCGAUAAAAAUGUCUUUAUUGGACUGAAGAUAUCUUUGGUCAGUAACAAUAAGAUUAAUCUUGGGGACGAAAGAACAGUGCAAGCUGAAUUCUCAAUCUUGUUUCUCGGGAAUGGCGGUGUCCCAAAACUUCUCCAACUAUCGCAAGAGAGCUUCCCUGAGUUGGGUUUAACAGAUAAACAUUGCUCUGAAAUGACUUGGGCUGAAUCUCAUCUAUACUUCUCUCAUGAACAUGGAAAACCGUUAGAAUUCUUAUUAGCCAGGGAUGAUCCGUCAACAGAGAACUUCUCCAAGUCAAAAUCUGAUCAUGUCAAAGUCCCAAUAUCAAAAAAUGGAUUGUUAGAGCUAUGGAGAAGGUUGCUAGAACACGAUGAUAUUAUGCCUACAUUGAUAUGGACACCUUAUGGUGGAAAAAUGAAUGAAAUCUCGGAAUCUGAAAUUCCAUUCCCACAUAGACGGGGUAAUAUUUACAAUAUUUUUUAUGUCGUAAGCUGGUUUGAAGACGGUGAAUCAGAAAAGAAUUUGGAUUGGAUGAGAAAUUUAUAUGAAUAUAUGACUCCAUAUGUAUCUAAGUCUCCAAGAACUACAUAUCUUAACACAAGAGAUCUUGACUUGGGGGCGUAUGAGAAUGGUCAGUCUAUUAGUUACUUGAAAGCUAGAGAAUGGGGUAGAAAAUACUUCAAGGAUAACUUUGAAAGAUUAGUACAAGUUAAAAGUGAAGUUGAUCCUGGAAAUUUCUUCAAGAACAAACAAAGUAUUCCUCCAAUUAGACUUAUUUUGAUGGGGUUAGAAAUCAUUGUUCGGUUUGAAUGA